AUGUUGCGAAACUGCAGCUGUACCAUCCUCCUGCUGCCGGUGGUGCUGCUAUUGCAGGUGACGGUGCUGUCGUCCGGCAUCAUCUUCCUGCUGGCCGGCACGGGGGGCAUUGACAAUGCCGAGCACCUGCCCAGGCUCUCGGGCGUCUACUUCGCACUGAACGGCGACAAGUACGAGGCCGACUACUGCUCGCCGUGGGGCAAGCAGCUGUUCGACCAGCAAUGGCUCUGGCGGGUGUGGGGCGUCGACCUGGUCGAGAAGAACUACAUCACCAGCUACCCGACCCUCAUCGUCGCAACGGAAAACCGCGUGCUAAUUAAAUUAUCGACAAAACCAGGUCUCAGCCAUCGGGAUGCUCCUCGCCGCGGCAGGAGGGCACAUCUUGACGAACAAGCUGGUCGCCGACAUCGGCAGCGCAUCGUCGGGCAGCCUGGCGGGCUGGCGGCGGCGGUGGCGCUGUGGGCGCUGAUCGCGGUGCGCGAGCACCGGGUGCGCGUGCGGACGGGGCGGUCGCGCAUGGCGGCGCGGCGCGACCGGCGGGUUGGCGACGGCCCGUCGGCGUUCUGUGUUCGUGGUGCCAGCUACAAGCACCUCUCGGCCGGCAAGGACGAGAUGGCUGGCUUGCACGACCACGGGUAUGCGUCGCAUGUUGAUCUCGUUGGCGUCCGGGCGCGCACGCCGUCGCCAUUUGAGCCGAUGCGGCAUGUAAACGUCGGGUAA